AUGAAGAGCAAUCAACCUUUCGUUACAGUGAUACCGAGUAGUGGCAGCACCUUUAGUCAACGGGAAGAGUCCUGCAAGAAUACGACCAAUACCAGUGAGGUCGACGCAUUUGAAGGCAACUUGCUACUACCGACUUUUACAACCGCUUCAAAAAUUCGGGUGGCAGUAACGUUUAUCUUGUUUGCAAUUUCUGCCUUUUUAAACUUAGCAGUUCUCUUCUCAACUUUGAGGAACCACAGAGGGAAGAAAAGCCACAUUAGGACGUUAAUACUAAACCUGUGCUGUGCAGACCUACUAGUCACCGGUAUUGUGAUGCCUUUGGAUGCAGCGUGGAACACAACAGUUCAGUGGAAUGGGGGCAAUAUUGCCUGCAAAUUCUUAAUGUUCAUGAAGUUGGUCGCUAUGUACUCCUGUGCUUUCGUUACUGUGGUAAUUAGCAUUGACCGGUAUUGUGUCAUAUUGCAUCCCCUCGGAAUUGGAAGUGCUAAUCAAAGGAAUACAAUUAUUUUGACAGUGGCGUGGGUACUCAGUACUGUGUUCGCCGUCCCUCAGCUUUUCCUCUUCCACACAGUCUCGAUCUCCCAGCCAGCACCUUUCACUCAGUGUGUGACCCACGGCAGCUUCUCUGAACCAUGGCAAGAAAAGGCUUAUUUUCUCUUCACCUUCACCGGGCUCUUCCUAGUGCCCUUGGUUGUUAUGGUCUUCUGUUACACACGCAUAUUUGUUACUGUUUCCAGAAAACUGAAUACAGGAGACAUGCAUUGUAAACAUGCAGCAUUGAGAUGUACAAGAGAUAACACCCCCAAAGUCCGAAUGAAAACCUUACGGAUGACCAUUGUACUGAUGGGCACCUUCAUCCUCUGCUGGACUCCAUACUAUGUCCUUGGAUUCUGGUAUUGCUUUUUCCCAGAGAUGAUAAAUACUCAAGCAGUGCCUGAAGCCAUCAAUCAUGUGCUUUUCAUCUUUGGGCUUCUGAACAGUUUCUUGGACCCUAUAAUCAGCCAGUUAGGGUAUCUCAAAAUCAAGAAGGGUCAAACCCCUUUCUGUCAGGAUUUAAUUGGCCUGCAUGUAUGAAGAAACCUUUCAGAGUUACUAAACAUUUUGCUGUACAGGUUACUCUGUAAUUUUUCAAUUAUUAGAAACCAUAAUAUAAUAAUUAUGAGUAGAGAUAUGUUUAAACUCAAAUCAGUGGUAUUUAUUUAUGGAUUUUAAAAUGCAGCUUUUUUUGUUAGAAAUAU